UCGGGGGCCCCGCGGUUGGCGCGCAGGUCACAGCAUGGCGGCGGUGUUGGAGUUGUUACUGCAGGAGCGGGUGACGGUGGACGCGGCGCUGCGCUGGCUGACCGGCACCAAGCAGGAGAGUCCUGUUGAGUUCAACCUUGCUCCUCUUCACUUCUUGCGGAAAGACUUUGUUCCCUAUCUGCUCAACUUUCUUCGAGAACAGACCAGCGAAGUUUUAAGUAAUGGGCCAUCAACUCCAGCAAAAACCCCAAAUUCUAAGACUGUCCCCAAACCAGUUAGCUCCAGUAGCCAAAGGACUAUCCUAGAGAAGAGAUCAAGCCAGCCUUUAGGUCAUCGGGGGAGUAGAGUCCAGCUGUUUGCCCACACGCCCAAUAGCCCCGGUGCUUCAGAACAUUGUUUCGCUUCUCCAAAUUCAGCCAACAGUGACUCCUCUUUUAUGAACAGAUCCAACCUAACAAACUCUUCAAGUAGGGCUUUUACUCAAACUAGUCCAAAUUCAAGCGGCAGUCCUGUUGCUCAUCACAAUGAAAAACGCUCAGCGCAGAAGCAGGUUCUUGGUAAUUUCUUGGUUUUGACGCCAGAAGGACAGACUGCUCGCCGUGGUCGGAAAAAGAACAAUUCAACUGGACGUCAUGGGGCUAAAGACCAAAGUAGAAGAUCGAUUGAAAAUGAAUUACAGGGAGAAAAAAGCACAUGGAGUGCAAACAGAAAGCAAGUGUGUAUAAAUACUAGUAGUCCUCCAGCAUCUAAUCUGAAUAUAAACAACAUGGAAGAGUUUCCACCUAUGGGUGCAUCUUGUGAAUCUGCGAGCAAAUCAAAACCAUCGCGAAGGAUCAAUCCGACUCCUCUUAAUGAUAAUUCCAAAUCUAGGAUAUGUUUUACCUCCACUCCAAUCAGCUCUUCUGAUAUAGACCGCAGCCACCCGAGUAUGGAGGCUUUUACCAGUGUUCAGGAAGCAGUGUGCACUCCUGAUGCCAGCAGUUUACGGGAAGAGAGGGAGAUACUGCGCAAAGAAAGGUCCAAACUACUGCAGCAGACUUCAUCUCCAGUGGCAUUGGACCCCAUUACUCCCACCAAACAGAGCUACAACCGAAACUCCAGUGUUUCAUCCGAUCUGCUGAUGCACGCUGACCCUGGCAAGGUGUCCUGUCAGAAACGACUAGAAAUCCUUGCUAAACUGUAUUCGUCUUGUAUUACAGAAAACCUUGUGCCAAAUAUAUUUCUGGAGUUCUUUUUUGUCCUUCAACUACUAAUCUCCCGGGGACCAGCCAUCGCUGAAGAUAGGAUCUCUGACCUUGAGAUUACCAGAGGAUUUAAAGAUGCCGUGGAGUCCCAGCACUUUCAGAGUGUACACAAUUGUGUGUUUUUUGCUGUUUUGGUCCUCGAUUUCCAGUAUACUGUAAUUUCUCUGUUGGAAAAGAAUACAUUAAAGCUUCUAGCAGAGAAUGAGCGUAUUGGGACAUUCUCUCCCCCCUUACAGGAACGUCUCUUAGAAGCAUACAGAAGCAGUACAGGGAAGGUUUCUCUUUUGCUUCCAGCAACCCUACAUUCUGUGUCUUUUCAGCCAGAAACCGAUAAUCGUUCUAACUUUCCUAGUGAUCGAUCAUUCCACAUUUUUAAAAAACAAAGAGAUGUAUUUUAUGAGCUGCUACGUGAGUGGGAAGAUUGCCAUGAAAAGGCUGACUGGGAUUUUGAGCGUUUCCUGGGCAAUAAGAUCAGGGCUAUGAUGUUCAACUUGUCUCUGGCUUCUAAUCAUAGUCAUUUUGCAAGACUAUUUCAGAAGCAACUUGUGCAGUUAUGUAAGGGACCAAGUGGAGGAAAGGGUGCUGUUGGAGUUGGUGAUAACCCUGACCAGGACCUACUCAACAUGCUCGGCUCCGACAACCUGAACAAACUGAAACGAUUGCAAGAAAGAUUUGUGGCCCCUCAAAGUGUUGGAGGCCCCUGCCCUCCCCCUUCUUUUCCUGGCUACCAGGAGUUCUUCAGAGACGUCAUACUUAGUGCAGGAAACUACGAGUUUAAUCAGCACCUAAUGGACAGUUUGUGUCAGGAAAUACAAGAGCUGGAUGCCCUUUCGAUUGUGGGGCAUGAGACUACAGAUGGUGACUCCGAUAUGGAUGAGAAAGAUGAGAAAAACAGAUUUGCCUCAGUUCUUUUGACUCUUCGGCUUUUGGCAAAAUUCCUGGGAUUUUUGACAUUUUUACCAUAUAGAACUACGGAAUCUCUUACUGGGGAAUUAAAAGAGUCUGCAGUUGCUGUACGAAACCAGACUCUUCCUAUGUUAGAUGUACUGCAGUUACUCAGACGCUCCGUACAGGAUCAACGUACAGUACUGACUGUUCCAUGGGCAGUGGAGUAUCUUUCAUUGGUGGAUGGUGUUGGUCCCUAUCUGGAAUAUUACAGAAAUGUAUUCUGCCAUUUACUGCACCUGUACAGAUACAAGCUGAUCAUGACUGAUGAGAAGGAGACGGGGUUAUUAAACAAGCUUCUUAUUCUUGGUGUUCUUGGCUGGCUCUUUCAGGUGCCAACAGUACCAGAAGAAAUGUUCUUCAACAACGAAGCUGUUCAAAAUGAGAUUUCGGUAGGAACUAUUGUAACAUCGCAAGCCCUGGAUUGUGUGCCUCUGGUGGAUCAGCAACUAUUGUACAGCUGUUGUCCUUACCUUGGAGAAUUGCGGAAAUUGCUCAUCUCAUUCGUGGCUGGCUAUGGAGCAAAGAGUGGAGGUUUUAUAAGGAAAAUCACUCCUACUGCAGCAGAGCCACUGAUGCCAAAACCAACUUUGUCACAAAAAAAGCUGCAGUCUGAGCUGGAACAAGCAUUCUUCCACAAUCAGCCUCCCUCCCUUCGUAGAUCAGUGGAGUUUGUGGCUGAAAGGAUUGGAUCUAACUGUGUUAAGCAUAUCAAGGCUACGCUGGUGGCAGACCUAGUGAAGAGAGCUGAAGUUAUUCUGCAGGACAAAGUGACAGAGGACAGUGCAGGUCACAGCAAGCUGCUGGACAGUGUUUGUGCCAGGCUCUGUGAGGGUGGACGGCAGGCUCUGCAGCACGGACAAGACUACUGCAAGAAAAAGGCUCCCGAGGCUGUCAGAGUGCUUCUACCUGAGGAGACGUCUGCUUGUGUCCUGAGGAGUGCAGAGGACAUUGCAGUAUCCCUGGCAAUAGAAAAGGCUUGCACUUGGUUAAGCACCAACAUUUCAGCACUUAUCAAAAGAGAGGUGAAGAGCACUUUUAAUCGUAUGGUGAAGUCACAUAAUAUAACAUCAUCCCUUGUGGAUAGUGCGGAUGUAAAGAAGGAAUGUUGUGGCGGUUGUGAGCACAACGUCACUCUCCCCUCCAGGAUCGUUGGUGAAAUCAAGGAGUUUCUCUGUGUUGCAGUUGGGCCACGUGAUGGUGGUGAAGGUUUGGAAUUGGCAAAGCUGAAGAGUUUUUUUGAGCGUCUCUCUCAGACUCUGAAUUGCAGGAAGUAUAUAACCCUUUCAGCAGAACAUCACAUUGCAAGGUGUACUGUGGAGCUGGUUUCCCUUCUAGUGUCUGAUCAAGUUCCAUUGGUAGAUUUCGCUUCCACUGAGCCAUGUAACUUUCAUGAAAAUCAGCGUAAGAGGGAGAUGGUCGGUCAGCUUCUACUGUCAGUACUCACAAUCUGGAAGAAGGAUUUUGUGGUCCCUAUACCCAUACAGUUAAUAUUUAGUGACAAAAAUAUGAAGUAUUUUAUGGAAGUCCAUACACGGGAGCAGUGGGGAUUGUUUGCCGCCUUAGUGCAACAACUGCUUGAGUUAGGCCUUCUACAGCACGAUGAACUCGAAAAACACAUCUGCAGGCUCCAAAAGUACAAGUGGCCAUUGGACCUGUUGUCUGAUCUGGACCAGUUGGCACUUGGCUCAGAAAACCACAAAGAGCCAAAAGACCCAACAGGUAUACUUGUGCCACAGACGGGGGCUGAAAUAAUUGCUCCUAGUUAGUGCCUGGGACAUCAUUUGUGUCUUCCUACGACUGAUGCUGCUAACUGUGCCAUAUGUUCCACUUGUCUGCCAACAGCUGCUGCCCCAAUAGAAGGUACAUCUCUAUGAACUUAUACUGCACACAGCUGGUUCACUGGGCAGCCGGAGCCAAGAGCACAACACUUUUUUUUUUACAGAACUUUAUAUUUGUCCGGUUUGUAAUAUUUUUUUAUUUCAACUGGUAUUUUGGAACCCUAUGGGUGUUUUUAUAUUGCUAUUUUUACAGCCUGCUAAGAAACCUUGUAAAAUAUUUGGGUUUAUUAAGGCGCAGUCCACCCAAGCAUAUUUCUAUAAAAAAAAAAGUAAAUAAUCUGGUGGGCAGAUUGUUCUGCUGGUAUCUCAUGUCUCCUGGGGACUCCAGCAGUGAGAAAUCACCGCUACAGCUCUGUUCUCAUCCAAUUUUGGAUAUUGUUACACCUCCGCUGCCUAUAAUACCCAAUAAAAAAGAUUGCCAGUGGGGACCCCUUGUGAUGGUUGCAGCAGGUAUUCAGACUCAAGCACAGAGAGUUGGCCACUGAAGAGAUUCAACAAAGUGUUAAAUGGGUGCUGGAAAUUUGAAUCACUUAAUGAAAUGGCAGUUUUAGGUUUUACUAACCGUUUAAGACGAUCACAGAAAAGAGCACUUGCAUUUUAAAUGUUUUAUAUGAAACCAGAGCUUAAAAAGUAAUCACUUGAGGUUGUCUUCCUGGAGGUAGGUGCCUUUUGUGUAAUGGUACAUUUAGACCCUGUACAUAUGAACUUCAGUAUGUGAAAUUCAAGGGUGCACAGGAAGCAUUUACAAGGUACUUAUAAAGCGAUCAGUAAGUUUCUAGCAACUUUGUUCAAACAUUUUCCACAAAGUUCAGCUGCAGUUUAAUGGUGAUAAACAGAUCCUAAUGGGAAUGCUGGCUGACGUGUUAAACAAGCAGCUAGCAGGCUUCAACAGGCUGCCAGUAGAGCUGAAGCUGAACCUGAUAGCGGCUUUUUUUCAAGUGGUGGCACUCCCAUUAAGACAUAUUUUUAUCUACAACAUAAAUCCUUAGUGCUUGCACCUGUCAUGUGACAUCCCUAAAUAAGUCUAUUCAAAGAAACUUGAUGCGUUUCACAUAUUCACAAAUAAAUCCAUCAUAAAACAUGUUUUAGUCAAAAACUUAUUGCAUUCUGUGGUUAAAAUAUAUUGGGUAAAGCUCUUUAAUGCCUGGAAUUCCCAGGGAUUAAAGAGAACUGUACCCAAAAAAUCUUAAUUAUAGAAUGUCUAUGCAGCUGAAUAGAUGGGUUUUUAUUUUUUUUAAGAUAUGUUUUGAAUAAAGUAUGUUUUAUAACGGUUUUAUUUAUGAAUAUGUGAAAUGCCUAAAACAUCCCCACCCAGACUCCUUUCUUUGUUUAGACGUAUCUUUAUUUUCCCAGGCUGAAACCAUUUGUUUUAAAAGCUUCAACAAAGCUGAUGGAAAGUUUUACAAAAGCCUGCUGUAUACACUGCUUGUUCCACAAGAUGAAGCCCAAUGUGCACAAGGCCUAACUGUAGGCUAGUUAGAGAGGAAAGACAUUCGGCUCAGUUCACAAUACAUGAAUACACGUUUUUUGCCAUAUCUAUUAUUACGUCCAAUUAUGUGACGCUCAUUUGCAGCUGUCAUAAGUUUUACGACAGAUAAUGAUCAUUUAUAUAUUAAAGAACUGAACUACUUGCUUAUGAAAGGCACACAAUCAUGGCAUGUUGGUACAGAAAUGAAAUCUGGGUUCAAGUAUAUUUUUUCUUGCAAUAUGUUUUGUUUUUUUAAGCUGGUUGCUUAGAAUAUGGCAUUGGAAGUCAUUUCAGAGCUCAUUGCUCAAGAAAGUGUCAUAUCUAAAUAUAUAGUGUGGGAAAUAUUGCCAGUCCCGGUAAACAUUAAGUUGAAAUAUCGCAGGAUCCCAGGUAGCCAUCCAUGUCUGCAGCCUACAGCAAACCUAUAUAGAGAAAAUACAGAGACUGCCUAAAAAUGUAAAUUGUCAUUCUCUUACCCCAAUAUGAUUCAGAAGAAUACAAUGCAGCUGGAGAAGUCAGAAUGUCUGGUCUGCAUAUUUGUUUUUUUCAGUAAUUAAAAAAAUAUUGAAACCUUGAAAUCCUCACAACACUCGUGAAAAUAGUAUUUUCAAACGUGACAGUUCAGUCAUUUUUCAUUAAAUGUUUUUAAUUAUUUUAAAUACUUGAGCCUUUUACAGUGUUAAUGAAUUGCUCCUUUAUCACUGACAGGUAAAUGUUUGUAAAUAACUAAUUCAUAUAUGAAAGUUAAGAAAUACAAAUAAUAAAAUCAUUUUGUGGACGCUUCUGCCACUUCCUGCC